AUGCGGCGUCGAGUCGGCCCGUGGCGAUUGCAAAUCAGAUACCCAUUCAAACUAGCACGCCAACGAGGCGUUAAAGGAGUGGCCAGGGUUAUCGGGCGCAGCGCUAUCACCAGCAUUACCGACAUGCGUGAUGGUCUGACCUUCGACAACUGCUACGCCUUUCGAAGCGCGGCUCCCAGCACAACUUCCUCCUUUACACAGUCUCAUUCACAUAACCCUCUGUCGCGAUCAUUCACCCAGCUCCGCGGGCUGGGUAUCAGUGAAAAGUCGUCGACCAGAAAGCGCAGAUCCCCUGAUACCGGAACGCAGCCGUCCAAACGAUCACGCUCCAGCAGCCAGCGGUCGAGGAAAGACCAACAGGAGAAGGAGCUAAGCUUUGAGGUCGAGUCGGUCCAGAAACCGAGCCUCUUUGACAAGAAUGGCGAAGAACCCUUCGAUAAUCGUAUCUUCCGUUGCCUGGUGGUCUCACCCGGUGGACGGCCGAUUUACAAGUACCAAUCUCCCGCAGAACUGCUCACGGCACUUCGUGACGCAAUCAAGGCGCAUCGAUCCCUUUAUCUUGACCGAAAGAUCUUGCACAGGGAUAUCUCAGAGAUUAACAUAAUAAUAACCGAUCCGGAGAAGGCAGACGGUAAUUUGGGCAUGCUGAUUGACCUGGAUCUUGGGAAAGAAAUCGGUACUCGAAGCGGUGCACGCCACCAGACUGGUACGAUGGAGUUCAUGGCAAUUGAUGUGCUGCUUAAUGUUGACCAUACUUAUCGGCAUGAUCUUGAGUCAUCUUUCUACGUUCUUAUCUGGCAAUGUGGCCGCCAUGGGUGGAGAUUCUCUGGAAACCCAAGGGACCAACCGAAAGACAGUCUGUUGACAAAGUGGUACACUGGCACCUUUAGGGAUAUUGCAAGAAUUAAACGGAGUGACAUGGGCGUCGAUGGGUUUGAGGAUAUCCUGGAAGACUUUCCGCCUUCUUUCGAAUUUGCCAAACCGCUCUGCAGGGAAUUGAGGCGAAUCUUGUUUCCCUACAGGGACGGCCUCUUUACGGGAACCCCCACAGAUCCAGAGGUGCUGUAUGGGCCAAUCAUCCAAGCAUUCGACAAGGCUAUUGACGAUAUUAAAUCUAUGGAGGAAUAG